AUGGGUCGGCACACGAAGCAUGAUGAAAGCUCCGUUGACCCUUCGCCUUCCAAAAGCCAACAGCAAUCUAACACGAACACACUUCCGGGAAGGCAUGCUUCGAAUCAUAUAGCAUCCACACGCCAUAUCUCUAGUUCGGUCCAGAGGAAUGGGUCACACGCGAAAGACCAAUAUGGCAAAGCUGGUUCAGCGAACACAAGCAAGACUGAUACGAGGCGCAAUGCUUCCGUCAGAUCUGCAGCAGCACCGCGUCCGGGGGUACAGAGAGCCAACACCAGUUUCCAGACUCGAUAUAUGGACAUGCUUCUUAGCCUAGACACUAUUCCACGGUUGCAUAAUAUUUAUGCUUCGCUCUUCACCUGGAUACUUCUAGCUGGUUACGUUGUCCUGCCUGGGACCUUCACGAGCAUUAGAGAUCUGUCUGAUGACACGGAAGUGCGAGCGAAUAGUGCUGCUAGCACGAUUCUGGAUCACGUCAAGAACGUCCCGCUCCUUGUAAUAGCGGCCAUCUGCUGUGGUAUUGGUAUGUCGGGCAUGAUAUGGUUGAUGAUCCGUUGGCGGAACAAUUAUGUCUGGUUACUCAACCGGUUGUUACUGCCGGGUACGAUGAACGGACUUGCGGGCUUGAUUGGGACUCUGGUUACUGUCUACACACAACAGAAUGGAUCAUGGAGCAUCAGUGCUAAGGUGGGUGCUAUCGUCGAGGGAUGCUCUCUGGUCAUCUGCGGUAUGAUGUUCGUCUUUUUCAAUAACUUGCUACUGGCAAGGAUAAAGAGAAAGCACGGCCGUGAAAUCGAGAAGGCUCAAGCUGGUGAGGGGUUUCUUGAGAAAGCCGAGCGGAAGCUGCACGAGCCUGCUUUGGAGCCGGGAAGCGUUGUAUGA